UCGAACUAAUAGAGCGUAUAUUGCAGAAUUUGGACUUGCAGUCAUUUAAUAAUUUUAUUCUAGUCGAUAAAAAUAUUUUUAAACGCUUUAACAAUCAGUAUCAUCUUAUAUAUACCGGCUAUUUCGAUUCGCUAGCAAUCAACAGGAGACUCGCUAGUUUGAAUAAUAAGGGCAUAUCUUUCGAAUUCGUAGAGAGGUUUAAAUGCCUUAAUAGAUUUACUACUAGGAUAUCAACCCGCGUGCUCCUCGAUGACGACACCAUGCUAGACUUAAUACGCGUCUACCUCAUCAUCAUCGAGAAUGAUGGCAAGAAUAGAGACUACUUUAGCACCCUCAGUAAUUACGCAGACGCUUUUAUCCGGUCGAGUUCCUUCCCACAUGACAAUGAUAUCAUCAACGCUAUAGUCCUUUGGAUUGAUUAUUUACUCAAUAGCGCGCCAGAUAACAUCACACCUUACAAGCCAUUCAUCUUUGGUGCACACAAGUACGACUCAUUCUAUGCACCCUGGGUAUACUCCGUCCUACCCAACAAUAACUUCAAUUUCGAUAUCAACAACAGCUUCCUAACCAACCUCGAGUUGACAGACAAUAGCGUCACUCUUAUUUAUUUCAACAAUCAACUGAAACUACAGCCGCCUCUGUCCUCUCAUGCUGCAUUUUUAUCUUUGCUUAAAUACCAGAAACAGCUACCACAACCUUCACUCAACAGUAAAGACUUUGAUUUGGAAUUUGUCAGACUGACUAGCUGUAUCGAUCCCUCAACCAACCCUGGCUGUUCAGCUACACUUUACAAAGACCAAUUUAAAGGACCUUGGGAGGGUUUCUUCUGUUAUUAUGAGUUCGAUCAUUACAGGGAUAUGCUAUCAGGCAGCUUAGAUAGCCUCUACAAUGGUAAUUACGUGAUACAGCCUCAAGUUUGGAAGUUGAAUGAAUCUAUAAACUCCAAACAAACCCAGCAAACCAGUCAGUCGACAUUAAAAGAAAUAUGUAACUACCGGGAUGACUUCUACUUUGAUAAUUCAGCUAAUGAUCAGUCUGUUUCUAUUACACAGACGAAUGAAUUCGUUAAUAAACCGUCUCCGUCUCUUGAUACCAUUGACUUAGAUGGCAUAGGCCACUCUGCCUGGGGUAGAUUCACCCUUCGCGGUAAAGUCAGACCUUGGGAUGGUAUGUUUAUGCUCUGUAAGGAAUACACUCCGGAUAGGAGGGGCAAGUGGUUUUACAGAGGUUAUGCACUACCUGGAGGUGUACUCGUUGGUCGCUGGAGAGACACUUAUACACCUGAAGUCAUGUCUGGAUAUGAAGGCAGCUUUGUUCUAACGAAACGAUAAUCAAUACUUGUAUGGACAUAUUUAUAUAUCAUUUAUGCAUUGC